AUGACAGGACAAGUGCUGGAGGAGAGUGCAGAUUUAAAAGCCCACAGGCUCUCGGUGAAGACCUCCAUGGAGGACGAUUCAGAGAGAGCAGACAGCACCCUGAGUCGCGGCCAUUCUAUAUGUGAUGACACAUCCUCAGAGUUACAGAGGAUGGCCACACUGGAGCCUUGUGGCCCAAACUCUCAGAAUUCCUUCCGUGGACGUGGAGCCCUGUCGAGGUUGGUGAGUAUGGUAGUGACACUCCGAGAAUGGGCUCAUAAGAGUCUUCAGGAAGAGGAAGAAAGGCCAGACUCCUUUCUGGAGCGUUUCCGAGGGCCUGAACUUCGCAUCACGCACAGCCGCAUCAGCAGCAAUCAUCCUGAUCCGCAAGACAGCAGCGUCAAAACCAAGAAGAAGUCAGACGUGUUCAUUCUUGCGCCGGCCGAUGACAUGUACUACCACUGGCUGUUCGUCAUUGCCGCAGCUGUACUCUACAACUGGUGCCUCCUGGUGGCAAGGGCCUGCUUUGAUGAACUUCAAACCAACAACUACAUUCUGUGGCUGGUUUUGGAUUACCUCUCUGAUCUGGUCUAUAUUCUGGACACCUGUGUGAGGCUGAGAACAGGUUUCCUGGAGCAGGGUCUUCUAGUGAAGGACCUCAAAAAGUUAAGACAGCGCUACAUCAACACUCUCCAGUUUAAGCUAGACCUAUUGUCCAUCCUGCCUACAGAUCUGGCCUACCUUGCUACAGGUAUCCAUGUUCCUGAGCUACGAUUCAAUCGCCUGAUGCGCUUUUCUCGCAUGUUUGAGUUUUUUGACCGCACUGAGACUCGCACCAGCUACCCAAACACGUUUCGCAUAAGCAACCUGGUGCUCUACAUCUUGGUUAUCAUCCACUGGAACGCCUGCAUCUACUUUGCCAUUUCCAAGUCUCUCGGCUUUGGGUCAGACCAAUGGGUCUAUCCCAACAUCUCGCAUCCGGAGUUUGGCACUCUGACUAGAAGUUACAUUUACAGUCUCUACUGGUCUACACUGACACUCACCACCAUUGGUGAAAUGCCUGCACCGGAACGUGAUGAGGAAUAUAUCUUUGUGAUCUUUGACUUUCUAGUAGGCGUCCUAAUCUUUGCUACCAUUGUAGGCAAUGUGGGAGCUAUGAUAUCCAACAUGAAUGCCACACGUGCCGAGUUCCAAGCUCGCAUCGAUGCCAUCAAACACUACAUGAAGUUUCGCAAGGUUAGCAAAGAGCUGGAAGCCCGGGUCAUUAAAUGGUUUGAUUAUCUUUGGACCAACAAGAAGACGAUUGAUGAGCAAGAAGUGCUCAAAAAUCUUCCCAACAAACUGCGGGCUGAGAUCGCAAUCAACGUACAUCUGGAAACCCUCAAGAAGGUGCGAAUCUUUCAGGACUGUGAAGCAGGGCUGCUAGUGGAGCUUGUCCUAAAGCUGCGUCCUCAGGUCUUUAGCCCCGGUGACUACAUUUGCCGUAAGGGUGACAUUGGGAAAGAAAUGUACAUUAUCAAGGAAGGCCGGUUAGCAGUGGUCGCUGAUGACGGAGUUACUCAGUAUGCUCUCUUGACAUCCGGCAGCUGCUUUGGUGAGAUCAGCAUUCUUAACAUCAAGGGAAGCAAAAUGGGGAACCGUCGCACAGCCAACAUCCGCAGCAUUGGCUACUCGGACCUCUUCUGUCUCUCCAAGGAUGACUUGAUGGAAGCUGUGAUGGAAUAUCCAGAUGCCAAGAAGGUGCUGGAGGAGAGGGGCCGGGAGAUCCUCCGGAAGGAGGGCCUGCUUGAGGAGCUGGGACUUGGGAGCCUUACAGGUGUACAAAUGGAGGAAAAGGUGGAGCAACUUGAGGCCUCACUGGACACACUGCAGACCCGCUUUGCUCGGCUCCUGGGGGAGUACACCGCCACUCAACAGAGGCUCAAACAGAGGCUCACUGCCCUGGAGUGCAGGCUGCAGCGCUCUGGAAGCGGCUAUCUCUCUGAUGGCAAUGAGAGCACUACUGACGGCGACGGCACUCACAGUGAAGUGAACAUUCAGCUGUGA